GUUACUUUUAGAAGUUCGGACAAGAGGUUGACUAUGAGUCUACACUGAUGGUCGUCGCACCGUCACACAUUUAAACACUUUUUCGUUCACAACAUGGCGUUUGUCAGAGUGAUUUGUGACAUUAAUUUUACAAGCUAGACCGAAUCUUUCACGAUACGGUAAGAAGAAAAGUAGCUCCACUGCAGCGGGACCGAACCAGCACCAUGCCCGAGGUCUCGAAGAUGAAAAAGCCCGACGUCAAGCUUGUUCUCCUGGGGGAUAUGAACGUGGGGAAGACGUCGCUGCUCCACAGGUACACGGAGAGGAAGUUCAAAGACACCAUCAGCACCGUUGGAGGGGCUUUUUUCCUAAAACAGUGGGGCCCAUACAACAUCUCUAUAUGGGACACUGCUGGUCGGGAACAGUUCCACGGUUUGGGAUCAAUGUACUGCAGAGGUGCAGCCGCUGUCAUCCUCACCUACGACGUGACCAACUGGCAGAGCCUAGCCGAGCUGGAGGAGCGCUUCCUGUCCCUGACUGAUACCGCUAACCACAACUGCAUCUACGCUUUAGUAGGCAACAAGGCUGACCUCACGGACCCUAAAGCCCAGCUGCCCCAGGAUUCAGAUCCAUCAAAGGACCAAACUGAGUGUGGGGUCGAGAGGACAGAUACCCAGGUACUGUCAGCUUGCCCCACGCCCCCGGCCUCCCCUGCUUCCCUCUCAGGGAUUACGCUACAGAAACAGGUGACCCCCGAAGAUGCAAUGGCUCUUUACGGAAGAAUACUGCGCUACAAGGGCCUGGACGAAAAGAGCAGCCUGCCUGCAGAAAAGAUGUGCUUUGAGACGAGCGCCAAGACGGGCUACAAUGUGGACGAUCUGUUUGAGGCCUUGUUCGAUCUGGUGCUGCCCUCCAUCCUGAGAAAUAGAAAUGAGAGCCAGCAGUCUCCCACAGUGGACCUGGAGGAGUGUAGGGGGGCCGGCAACAAGCGGGCCAAAUCUGGCUGCUGCUAGAGACGGCAUCCAGCAGAGACUUGUUUUUAACUAUAAACAAUCAAAAGUUGGUCUGCGGACCAAAUAUAAACUGUGACGGUACUACUUAAUUGCCUUGACUGAGACCUAAUAGCAUUAAUGACUUCCUGUAACACAAACCGAUUCUGUGAUGGUGUCCGCUUACAUUUUAAGGAAUGGAAAUUAACGUGUGCUGCGUUUUGACUCCUUCUUUGAAGCCUUCCACCCCAAUGACUGAAACUGCACUUGUAUCCCAAAGAUGUGCCCAUGGCCAGAUAACACAUAAAAGUCAAUCACUGCUUUUUGUAAAUGUUUUAGAUUGUCACAAAUUUAACAGCACUAAUUGUUAUGUGUGUGGCAGGUUGCACAGUGUCUAUUAUAGUUGCAUUUUAAGAUUUCCACCGAUCACACUAGCUUUAUGCUCUGUUACUAGCAUUACAAUUGAUCUUUUUAUUUUAUAGGCACAUUUUGAACUUUUCAGUGAUUGUAAAUAGUGAAUAAAUCUGUAAAAUGAUCAAGUACUUCCCUUGUUUUUAGUUUUAUCUAGGGGAAAAUGCACAUAAAUGAACAUGAGCACUUUUAGUCCACAAUGUUAACCUGGCAGAUUUGGCCCUACAGGCUAGUUUUUAUCUACUGUCAUAAUAAAGAUUUUUAUUUUGCA